AAUUAUGGCUUUAUUGGAAUUUACCUAUUAAGUUUAAAUGGUGAAUUAAAAACAAAAUUUAAUAAAUUUGAAAUUAAUGAUAAUUUAUUAUCUUCAAACACACUUUUCAAUUAUCCCAGUUUUAUAAAAUAUUUGAAUAUGUGGAAGUUCAUUCAUUCUAUUAAAAGAUGGUCUGAAGAUGUUUUUAGAAAAUCCAAAUAUAAGUAUCCUUUGGAAGAUUUAGGUUCAGAAUCUGAUUUUGGAAGAUUAAUUCAAACAUCACUAUUAAAAAUAUUUAUUGAAAAUGAAAUAAAUAUACAUACUCUUGAAAUUGAGAUAAAAACUCAUAGUAUGAUCUUACAUGAUUAUGCAGAUAUUAUUAAGUUAAUUUUACAAAAUAUAAAUUUUAUUCGCAAUAUUAAAAAUUUAAAACUUUCUAUUUUAAGUUUUUAUGAUAAUACGCAAAUUAACAAAUAUAUAUUGCAAAUAAUUAAUUCACAUCAAAAUCUUAAAAAAAUUAUUACAAUCAUUGUUCAAAUACUUUAA